UGAUAAGAAACGACUUCUUACUCAUAAAAUCUCACGUUGAUGUAACCGAUUGGAUUAAUAUACAGAUACUUGCCAUCUCUAGAUCACCAUCAUGUCUAACUAUCCCCCGAUGGGUUCCAACUAUUUUGAUGACACUCGUGGCAGUACAAACCGCCUCGAGUCUGCCUCCGAGCUUGGGAGUGCAUAUGAGCUUCGUCGACUGGGAGACUCACGUUACACAUCACAAGCCAGUAUGACCAUGUCCUUAUAUGGCAGUCGGAGUAUUUUGUCUAUGUACACACCCUCUCAGGCAUCCUACAUCCUCCCAGUCGUCACUGACGCUCCAGAUCCUAUCAAGAAACCUGCAGAUAACUGGGGCUUUGCCUGCUGUUCUGUGUUUUUCAAUCCUCUGUUUGGCCUGAUUGCUGUGUUGUUAGCAGAAAUGUCUAAGGACUAUUUCAAUCGCUGUAAAUAUGUCCAGGCCUCAAAAUAUGGAGCUUACGCUAAAGGUACGGCUUUGGGCGGUAUAGUGUCUAUGAUUAUUGUACUGGUCCUUAUCAUAGCUCAAGUGGUGCAUUACCACCUGAAGUUUUAUUACUGAUCCCAGGACAACACAAGGUUCUUCUUCAGACAAAAUUUUCUAAAAUUAAUUUUCAGAUACCUUCGGUUCUAUUCUUCACAAUUUCAUUGACUUAAAAAAAGAAAUAAAUGGUUUGUUUAUUAAACAUCUACAAUGUCAGAAAAGUGACUGACAACGUCAGUCCUUAACUAUACUUGAACGAGAACUGUUAUGAAAUUCAGGCGUAUGCGUUUGUGACGUUGUUUUCUACUUAAGGUCUGCAUAAGUACAAACACUUGCCCAGCAA